GCAAACUGAAAACAGAAAUGUCUAAAAGAGAGAGAGAGAGCCAACACCUAAACAUGUCACAGUAUACGAAAACCAAGAAAAUGCGUCAACGAGCUGCACAGUACUAAUUUGAUAUGUGUUAAGCACCUUGUAAGCCAUCAUUUUUCUAAGAAAUAACGCUUUAUUGAUCAAAUGCAGAUUUCUUGUGGAGCAAGAAAAAACUAGCAUUAUACUCAUUUAUUGUAAUGAAAUGAAGAGUCAAAUAUAAUGGUUUUAAAUUGGCUUGUAAAGCAGCACAAUGCAUUCUAAGUUGUCCCUUUAUAUUCAGUACAGUUGUGUUCAGCAUUAAGUUUAUCCACCGUUUAACAGCUCUGUACGAAGGUACCGAACUCUGUCUUGUUGCACACGGUGGUUUUUGUAUUUAGAAGUGUAAGUACUAUUUCCAGUCUUUAUGCUAAGCUAAGCUACUCAUCUUCUGGCUGUCACAUCGUUGAUUCAUAUUUAACAGACAUUUAUGAGAGUGGUAUUGAUCUUCUACAGGUGACUCUCAGACAGACAGAGAAUAUACAGGAUUGUAACUAGAGAGGAUAUGAAGAAAAAAUAAAAAUAAAAAAUUCACAGUAUGUACAACAUUAUGUCAUUGGACAACCCCAAAGCUCUUUCAGACCAGCCAAACAUCCGCCACUCUUUAAUAAGAAAAACAACAGCAGCAAGAAAAUGUGUGGAAGGAAAGUAAUAGCAAAUGAGCCUUUUCCCCAAACAAAAAUGUGCAGGUGACAUGAAGCAGGUCAGACGGUCGGAAUGCUGCAUAUCAUCAAGGACAUUGUUACAAGCGUUUAGAGCCAGGCUGAAGUAUUUUGGAUAUCAGACACCAGACCAUGAUGUCGACAUGUUUAUAGAGUCAAAAUCCAAACCGACUCGUUCGUAGCUGCACCGAUGACCCGUGACUCCACUUGGACCUGAGCCUUGGGAAUGAUGAUGUGCUGGUGCCAGCGGUGCAUGUAGAGACAGGGCGGGAAAAAUACUUACGCUGGCUGUUUGCACUGAGCAUGCCCAGUGACACAGUGAGUUAGGACGAGGAGUUUCCCCUCCGUCUCACGUGUUGCUGUUGCACACUGAGCCGCUUCACAUUAUCGAGGAUUCAAAAAGAGUUGAGCUCUGACUUUAGUCCCACCACUUUCACACACGUCAGGAGCCCUCAUGGUUACUCGUGCAGGGAGUCUCAUCUCUUACUCCUGCUGACACUGUCUCACACACACAUACACACACAGGCACUUCUUUCCACCCCGAAGGUGACGUUGCAGAGCGUCACCGCGGUGACAAAUUGUAGGCGGUAUGUGGCCUCGGCAUGAGCGUGAUAGAUAGAAAUUGAGAGAGAUGGAGGAAGAGAAAGUAGGCAGAUGUGAAAGCAUGGUGUGUAUGUAUCUGUGUGUGUGGGGGCGUCUCAGUUAUAAAGCUAUCCCUUCGAGGUUCGCGUCACCUCUGAGGGCGGUGUGUGUGACGCGUGUGUGUGUGUGUUUGCAGAUAAAAGUGUGGGCUGUGGAGGCUUGAAAAAAAAAAAAAAAAAGCUUAUCUGUGACGUGUUGAUCCGAAGUGUUGGGGACGGCCUACAGAUGUGACUAGAUCUAUCUGUCCAUCCAUCUACACUUUGAUGGUGUGACACGUUUCUCAUUAAUUGUUCACCACACGAUUCUUCUGCACAUUUGGUCCAUGGUAUCAUUCUGUGAUUAAAUUGAUUUACGAUCAAUUCACCCACAUUACAGCCGCGCGACUGCAAACGUUUAGUGGUGUCUGUCUGGCCACGCGGGUGUUAUGAUGUGCCGGCCAUCAUGAGAUAUCCACCUUCAAAACGCCUGCCGUCAUUUGUUUAUGGCCUAAAAUAAAUAGCCUGAAGUUGGUGAUACUUUUUUGUUUUGAGCACCACAAAACAAGUUCCACGAGCCUCCAUUUAAUUGCACUGUACCUAAGUACAUACUAUACUUGUACUUAAUAUUGUAAUUUUUCCCUUUCUACACUUAUUUUGAUAGCUGUAGUUACUGUUUAAAUUUUAUUUUUUUCAUUCAAAACGUAUGAGGAGCUUAUAAAAUAUGAUGCAUUGUCAUGGAUAUGUAAAUAAAAAGCUCAUCCAAUUACAACUGUAAAAUGCUUCUAACGCAUUAAUGCAUCAAUAAUCGUCCAAUAAUAUUGUAUUUAAUAGUAUAAAAAGGGUCAUAUAUUUGCAUUAGAAGUACUAUAAUUCCGCACAUUUUGCUGAUGAUACUUUUUUUAAAAUCAGAGUGAUAUAAGGGAUCAUUGCUUACAUUGCAGGUUGUUUGUCUCAUGCAUCAUCUCACCUCUCAUGUAGCUGUGAUAAUGACUCCUAUGUAUGUGUGUGUGUGUGACCUCAGUGCCACGUGAGCAGCUGCUGCAGACGGAGGAGUACGACCUGAACGUGGUGCGCCUGUGCAUCCAGGUCUUCCUGCAGGACGAGAAUGGCCACUACACCAUCCCGCUUGGCCCCAUCGUCACCAACCCCAUCUACGACAACAGGGCCCCAAACACAGCGGAGCUGAGGAUCUGUCGGGUCAACCGGAACAGUGGCAGCGUCAAGGGAGGGGAUGAGAUCUUCUUACUGUGUGACAAAGUACAGAAAGACGACAUCGAGGUGCGAUUCUUCUCCGACGACGGUUGGGAGGCCAAAGGCUCCUUCUCCCAGGCCGACGUUCAUCGCCAAGUGGCCAUCGUCUUUAAGACUCCUUCCUAUUAUAACACCUCCGUAACGGAGUCAGUCACCGUGCACAUGCAGUUGCGCCGGCCUUCCGAUCAGGAAGUCAGUGAAGCCAUGGAUUUUAGAUACCUGCCCGACGACAAAGAUCCUUACGGUUACAAUGAGAAAAAGCGGAGAAGAGAGCACUUGAUGAGGAUAUCAGGACUGUCAGGUGUUCCUUUCACUGGUCUAAUAAACCGGCCAAAGGCGGUGCCACAGAGUACCAUGAGUCACAUGCGAAAAGACCUCAGCAACAUGUACGUGAGGCCACAGCCCACACCUUCGAUGCCGCAACAACCUCCUGUAUUCAACCAGGUCUUCCAACCAGGCGCUCAGAACGUUAUGAUGACAUCGCAGGCUCCCACUGUGCCAGUCAGCCAUUCAUGGGCAAAUCCCAACCCAGCACUCUCAAUGGAUACAGUCACCAUAAACCCGUCCGGUGCCAUGAGCAAUCUUCUACGUCCUAAUAGCAGCAGGCAACAGCAGGCAAACCGUGUCUCUGGUUACCCCCACAGAGUGGAGCACAGUGGCUUUGAGAAUAACACCCUCCCUCAGCUCUCCAUGAGGGACUUGCAGUGCUUGGAUCCAGCCCCCCAAGCUGCUGUGAUGAGCCAGCCAAUCUUCCAGCUGCAGCACCAAAGGGAGGAGCUCGCAUCUGAGACCCGGGCCCAGAACCAUCCAGGCAACCAGAACCAUCCAGGCAACCAGAACCAGGGUCUCCAGACUGCUUGGCCCAAUUUCACUACCCUCAAUCAAGUCCAGAACACCUUUAACGGGUCAGUACCCGGAGGUGGAGGGGGCUCACAGGGGCUGGGCUCUUUCUCCUUCGUAGGGGAAGGGGAAGAUUUUUUGAAGGGCCUGGUGGGAGGUGGGCCUCAGCUGAAGCAGGAGCCCCAGAUCACAAUGCGACAAGAGACCCAUUCUUCCGUCAUGCAAUCCCCGAGCGAAAGCCAAGAAAAUACUUAUACCAACUUGCUUCCUCGUCCUAUAAGCAACGGCAUCAACAUGAUUCCAAUGAUGCAAGAUGCUUGUGGCAACACCCAGCCUCAGGAAAAUCCGUACUCGGACAACGACAUGGCAUCCGAAGGCCACUUUACAACUUUGGCUGACUGGAUCAAAGCAACUCGACAAAGUGACUAAAAGGAGUGACAUUUUCGGUGUCAAAAAAUAAACAGAUGCAACUCAGAGGAAUACGUUGGUCUUGUUUAGCCUUGCAAAGACAGAGAUUUUGCUUCAUCCAUAUUGGCCCAGUAAGGAUCAGUGGGCAUUUGCUUGGGUUAUUACAUCAGUGGGCAAAUUACAUAAAAUUAUAGCCAUGUGGAAUCUACAACCAGACAAAGGCGUUGUUUCUAGGAGGUGCAAUUGAUUACGAACUAGUUCCUUCUUUAGCAGAGACAUCACCAAGGGUGGUUCCUACACUUGUUUGGCCAUCUAUGGCUUGGUAAGCAUUGGCUUUUGCUUCCCAAUAUAUGGAAAGACACCAUUCUGUUAAAAAUGAUUAAUCAAAUUUGAUUUCUUGGUUCAUUUUAGACAAGAACCAUGCAGUUUCAGAACCUAUUUGCAUUCAUAUUAAGGACGCCUGUUCAGGUUACACCCUGACCUUUAACCAAUGGACUGUAGUUCAAAUUACUCCCCCUAAUUCACUGAUUGAUUUCCAGCUGCUGGUGUUGAGGCUUUUAGUGGAUAUUCUCCAGACUAGUCAAUUAAAUUGAGCUCUCAUGAGUUCAACUGGCUUCUUUCUGCACGGUGAAGUAUGGGGAUAAAACAUCUUAGGUUGUAAAGAUGACCAACAACAUGCUCAUGGUUUCCAAGCCAAAGUUAGAAUUCUGCAGAAGUGAAUGUACUACUUUCUUUCUUUGUCUUUUUCAUGUGAAGUUGGAUUCACUGUGAACAUAAUGUAUAGUAGAGUGUUUGAUUUUGGAAAUAAAACGGGGGCAAAUGUAUGUUAGGGAUUGGAAAUUAGAGCAGACAAUAUGGCUCGUUAUCAUGGUUGUACACACUUUUUUUGCUUUGUAAAGGAAUUCUUACAUAUUGUACUGUUUUAUUGAUUUCUUAGCAGAGUAUUUGCUGUUAUAAAUGCGCUCUGUACAUACAUGUAAGCCAUAGUUGAGAGUGAAAGCAAUAACAAUGCUGAAAUGCUCAAGAACUGGCAAGGUACUGAAAUUUCCAUUGAGGAAGUGGGAGGAAGCACAUUUAGUGUUGUCUUUCCUUUGUAAUGACUAUGUCAUAACAGUGAUCACAUGUGUUAUUCAGAGUUCUCAGAGCAUUUCUACUAGAUGGUUUUUUUUUUAUAUAAAGAUGUCAAUUUUGUACUUUAUUGAUGUUUCAUUCGUUCAGCUGAGCUUAUCGAUAUCUUCACAGAGCGCCUCGCUCAAGGACAUUGUGGUUGUCUGAUGAUAAACUGUCAACUGUAGUCUAGCUCAUCCUAGCAUGUUGUUUUUCUACUUGUAUGCCCUUCAGAAGCUUUUUGGUUGUAAAAGGAAGUAAAUAUUUUUGAUGACUAGUUUGUAAGAUUUGCUAUUUUUGGAUUUUUCUACAAGAUCAGUUCUUAAUAAACAGAGUCUGUCUUAUUCUA